UUAUCAGAUAAUCUCAGAAUUUGAACACACAUAAUGAAAAGUGAAGCUUUUGCAGGUUGCUAAAUAUCCACGGCCUUUAGGGGGCAGCAGUCAGCGCUCAUCGCUCCCUUUUCUUGCGCUUGAACCCCAAUAAAGCUCAUGGGUGUAAUGUGACGCUUUGCGCCUCAAAAACAUUCACCUCUUUUUUUUCUCCCCUUCUUUUUCUUUUUGACUGUAAAAAGAAACCACGUUUCCGAUUUGACCCUUCACAAUAAAGCACCACCUCCCGAUGAGCAGCGAUGACUUAUUUUCUCAUAAACUUUGAUGCUUUUGUUUUGAAAAAAAGAAAAGCGUCUCUUAUUUCCAGGCUGUCCCCCUAAGGACAUGACUGCUGGCUGCAUUUAUGUGACAGACCGUGAGCCCGAGAGCAGCAACUUACUCAGACUGACAGAGAAAUGGAGAGGAGCUGACGCACGUUAUUUACCGGACCGUUAACUUUCCUCCUCCAGGCUUUGGUUUUGCCACCGCUGAACAAAUGAGGCGCUAAACGAAGCAGGAGCACCUUAAAAACAUUCUUGCAACAUUUUUUGUUUUUUUUUUACCAGUGGAGAGCUAAGGAUUGCUUCAUAUUUUUGUGUGUUUUCUUAGUUUUUGGAUACUUUUACCGCGUUAUUACGCACGAUGCGCAAAGGGAUGGCUCCUAAUCUGACGCGCAGAACGGGCGUGCUGCAAAGUUUUUACGUCUUUCUCUUUAUUUCGCUGUCUUGCUGUUACAAUAUAGACUUAGAACAUCCUUUGGUGUUCAAAGGACCGAGUUCUAGUUUUUUUGGCUACUCUGUGUUGGAGCAUUUUCAUGACAACACACGCUGGAUUAUAGUGGGGGCACCCAAGGCAAACUCUUCCUACAGUAGCUCGGUGCGCUCUCCCGGAGCUGUGUUCCAGUGUCGGGUUCACAGCAACCCAGACCGGCGCUGCACUGAGGUGGAUCUGGUAGAAGGGAACAACCCCGAAGAGCCGUGUGGGAAGACGUGCCAAGGAGACAGGGAUGACGAGUGGAUGGGGGUCAGCCUGGCCCGCCAGGACCGGGCCGACGGCAAAAUACUGGCCUGUGCUCACCGCUGGAAAAACGUCUACUACGCCUCGGAACACAUCCUUCCACAUGGGUACUGCUCCAUCAUCCCCCCGACGCUCAAGGGAAGGACAAUACCGCUCAUCCCUUGCUAUGAGGACUAUAAGCAGAAGUAUGGGGAAGAGCACGGAUCGUGCCAAGCCGGGAUAGCGGGAGUUUUCACAGAGGAGCUGGUGGUGAUGGGGGCUCCGGGGUCGUACUACUGGACGGGGACGGUGAAGGUGUACAACAUGACUUCCAACACCUCCUACAGCCCGGACAAAGACAACAUCGACUUGCACCGAUACAGCUACCUUGGCUACGCCGUGGCUGCUGGACACUUCUCCUCUCCUAAUGCAGUAGAGGUGGCUGCCGGGGCGCCUCAGCACAACGGCAUUGGAAAAGUUUACAUUUUUAAGCUUGAUGGUGGGUCUUUGGUGAAGAGUUUUCAAGCCUCAGGGAAAAUGAUGGGCUCUUACUUUGGCUCCUCAUUGUGUGCAGUUGAUCUGAACCAGGACGGCCUGUCGGACCUGCUGGUGGGGGCACCCAUGCACAGCCAGCUCCGGGACGAGGGCCAGGUGUCUGUGUAUCUCAGCAGGGGCAACGGGGUGAUGGAGGAGGAUGCGGUCUUGACUGGCGACAGCGCUUUCAAUGCACACUUUGGAGAGUGCAUUGCAGCGAUCGGAGACAUAGAUGACGACGGUUAUCAAGACAUAGCCAUAGGAGCGCCUAAAGAGGACGACUAUGGCGGAGCGGUCUAUCUCUACCACGGAGACGCCGCAGGAAUUACCAGAAAAUACUCAAUGAAACUAUCGGGGCGCAGUGUGAGCCCCGGUCUGCAGAUGUUCGGCCAGUCCAUCUCUGGGAAGGUGGACAUGGAUAGGAAUGGAUACGCAGAUGUCACCAUUGGGGCUUUCAUGGCCGACAGCGUGGUUCUGCUGAGGUCGCGGCCUGUCAUUACGGUGGAUGUCUCGAUCCUCCUACCCAUUUCUAUCAACAUCUCUGUGCCGCAGUGCCACGAAGGCCACCAGAACCUCAACUGCUUCAACAUCACCGUCUGCAUGCGCUUCAGGGGGAGAGAGGUGCCUGGAGAAAUAGAGUUGCUGUACAACCUGACUGCCGAUGUGGACAAGCGGCAGAAAAACCAGCCUUCCAGGAUUUAUUUUGCCCACGCUGGAGCUCAGAUCAGCCAAAUGAACCAGCAGCUGAGCCUGGAAAUCAACAGAGAGAAGUGCCAGCCCUACACCGCCUACGUUAAGAAAGACGUGAAGGAUGUGUUCACGGCCAUCACAUUCGAGGUGGCCUACAGCCUGGGGAAGCAUGUGAUGAGCGGUCGACCGGAUCGAGAACUGCCUGCGCUCACUCCAGUGCUGCGAUGGAGGAAAGGAAACAAGAUAGCUGUCAAGAAUGAGACCUGGUUUGAGAAGAACUGCCUGUCAGACGACUGCGCUGCAGACCUGAGGCUUCAUGGGAAGCUCCUGCUCUCCGGACUUCAUAUCAGACCGCAUUUGGCUCUUGGCGGAGUUCGUAACGUCUCCUUGAACGUGACGAUCUCCAACACUGGAGACGACGCCUACGACACCAACAUCUACUUCAACUUCUCCAGAGAAGUUUUCUACAUCAACUUCUGGCAGAAGGAAGACAAGGGUAUUUCCUGUGGACUCGUCGAUUUGGACUUCCUCAAAUGCAGUGUGGGAUUUCCCUUCAUGAGAGCUCAGACGAAGUAUCACUUUGCAGUCAUUUUUGACACAAGUCAGGUUUCAGGGGAAAAUGACACGCUGCAGUUCUUGGUUCAAGCAAAAAGCGCCAACCCGGAGCACAAACUUUCCGACAACAGCUUAGACCUGUCCAUCCCUCUGAUCCAUGAGACCGACACCACUAUUACAGGUGUGGUGACACCAGGCUCCUUUGUGUACGGGAACUCCAUCGAUGCCUCUCAUUUCGUCCAGUUGGAUGAGAUGAAGUGCAACUUUCAGCCUCUCAAUCUGACUUUCCAGGCCAUAAACAAGGGGCCCAGCAGGCUGCCCGGCUCCACCGUGGACAUCAGAAUACCCAACCGCAUCGCUGGUAACGGAGCUGACAUGUUUCACGUGAUGGAAACCCAAGUGUCAGACAGCCGAGGGAACUGCACCCCUCACAUGAACCCGACGCCGUGCACCAUCCCCCAAGACAAAGAAAGCAUCUUCCACUCCAUAUUUGCCUUCUUCAGCAAAUCUGGACGCAAAGUCUUGGACUGUGAUCGGCCUGGAAGAGCAUGUAUGACAAUCUCUUGCCGUCUGGGUCCACAGUUAAAAGAGGAAGUGUUGAACAUAGAUAUAAAACUUCUGCUCAACACGGAAAUUUUAAAAACGGAUAGUUCGUCUGUGAUCCAGUUUGUGACCAGAGGCAGCGUCCAAGUACAUCACAGGGCAAUCGAGGUGCCAAAUGGGCUGCCAGAAGAUAUUUCACUGGUGUUCGAGGCGCUCCACAGCCAGGAGCCGAGGGGUUACGUCGUCGGCUGGAUCAUUGCUAUCAGUCUUCUGGUGGGAAUUCUCAUCUUUUUGCUGUUGGCUGUGCUACUCUGGAAGAUGGGUUUCUUCCGUCGCCACUACAGAGAGAUCAUCGAAGCCGAAAAGAACCGUAAAGACAGCGAUGAAAGCUGGGACUGGAUGGACAAGGAGCACUGAUACGUUCGAUUGGGGCCCAAGCGGAGCCAGUGAGAUUAGGGUCAAGAAGGAUCCAAUAGCACUAGGAGCCCACCCGCCCCGGGGGCACCAGAUUCUUCAAAGUCUUUCAUAUGUGGAAGAGAAGAUUAUUCUCCAUAUUUUUUGGAGACUCUGUGUAUUUUUUUCUGCAGAUGGGGUGGGGGGUGUGUGGGUGGGGUCCAGGGAACAAGCUUCUGAGGUGAAUGCGUGGCUUACAGAAGGAUACUUGCUGUGGAAAUCAGCUGUUCUGUGAUGAGGGAACGCCGCGUUGGCGGAGCCGAACUGUGGAUGUAGACCCACACCUGUAGUGGGGACCUGCAGAGGGCAUGAAUACUGGUGGACAACAAAACCCUCAGGGCUGUCUAACAUAGCAAAUCUAUUUUUAUACAUA